AUGGCGCCUGUGGUGACCGCUGCGCUGGGCGCGUUGGGCCCUCUGCUGGGGAAGCUCGUUGAUUUGCUUGCCGGCGAGUGCGGCCACCUGAAAGGGGUUCGCCGAGAGAUCCGCUCCCUCCAGUCUGAGUUUAAAGGUAUGGAUGGUGCGCUAAAUAAGUACGCAAGGCUGGAAGACCCUGAUGACCAAGUGAAGGAAUGGGUAUCACUGGUGAGGGAGUUGGCCUACGAUACAAAGGAUCUUUUCGAUAAGUUCAUUCACCAUCUCGGCAAAGGAGGGGACGGCGAGGGCUUUAAGGAGUUCUUCCGCAAGACCGCUCGCCGUGUAAAGACGCUCGGAGCCCGGCAUGGAAUUGCCAGCCAAAUCGAGGACCUACAGCUUCGUAUCAAGCAAGUGAAAGAGCUCAAGACUAGCUACAAGCUGGAUGAUGUUGCUUCUAGCAACCUGGGCCAAGCCACCGUGGAUCCCCGGUUGGCCGCUCUUUUUGUUGAGGAGGCACACCUUGUUGGCAUUGAUGGUCCAAGAGACGAGCUUGCCAGGUGGAUGCUGGGAGAAGAAAGCAAUCAUCAUCGCAGGGUGUUGUCGAUUGUUGGGUUCGGUGGAUUGGGAAAGACAACACUGACUAAUGAAGUCUAUCGCAAGAUUCAAGGGCGUUUUGACUGCCAUGCUUUUGUGUCAGUCUCACAAAAGCCAGAUACAAAGAAAAUCAUCAAGGAUUUGAUUUCACAGGUGUCUUGCAAGGAUGAAUUCACAAAAGAUUUGGAGAGCUGGGACGAAAAGAAAUCCAUUGGAAAGCUAAGAGAACUAUUACAAGAUAAAAGGUAUCUUGUCAUCAUUGAUGAUAUAUGGUCUGCAUUAGCAUGGAAAGCAAUCAACUGUGCUUUUCCAGAGAAUGAUUCUUCAAGCAGAAUUAUAUCUACAACACGCAUAUUAGAAGUAGCAAGAUCUUGUUGUCCAGAUCGUGCUGACCGGAUCUAUGAAAUGACACCUCUAAGCGACAUCCACUCUGAAAGACUAUUUUUUAACAGAAUCUUUGGUCCAGAUUCAAGAUGGGUGCAAGGUGCAGAAUCUCAAGACUACAAGAGUCAUGCAGAGAUGUUUCAUUCCUCACUAUGCAAGCUUGGCAGCUACAAACUCCAGUCCGUGCAUAUAAUUGAUGGUAAUUCUGCUCUGUUCGAGUUAUUAGAUUCCUGGUCUCCUCUUCCAUCUUGCCUCCAAAGAUAUGUGAUGGACACCACGUACUGUUUAUCAAAACUGCCAAAGUGGAUUACCUCAGCACUCACCAGUCUUGCAUACCUAGUCAUCAAGUUAAGCGUCAUAACAGAGGAGGUUCUUGGCAUACUUGGAGAGCUGCCUGCAUUACUUUCUCUAAAACUUUCUACGAAUACGGUCCAUAAAGACAGGCUAGUUUUGCAAGGCGGAGGAUUCCGAUGUUUGAAGGAGUUCUUUUAUGAACUUUUUCUUGAAGGUGCUGGGACCCUUCUGUUUGAGGAUGGGGCAUUGCCAAAGCUCGAGAAGCUUGACCUGUCUUUUUAUGUAUCAAUGGCAAAGGCCUAUGGGUUCUACGUAGGUCUUGAGCACCUCCCAUAUCUGAAAGAUGUGCAAGUUCUUCUUCAGAACCGGGAUGCCACAUCUUCUGAAGUUGAGGCUGCAGACGUUGCCAUAAGGAAGGAAGCAAAUCUCCAUCCCAACCAUCCCAGGUUAACUCUCCGACGAAGAAAUGAAAGACUGACAUGA